CCGGCAACCUUGCGUGUUUGUAAACAAACUCAAUAUAAGACGCUCAAAAUGUUCCGUAUUAAUUUUUAUUUAUUGGUAUUUAAAAAUUGACGAAUACCAUUAAUUGUGUAUACUUCAAUUUAGUUUAUUAGAUAAAAUUAGAAAUGUCUGUUCGUGUGUACAUCUUCCUGCUGCUUCACUUGGGUGUAAACGGGCUGCACCGUUCCGAAGACCCAACAUCCACCGCCACCAUGAUAGAGCGAGGACAGCGUCAUUUAAGCGAGCUGGAAGAGAAAACUCAUUUACCCCGAUACGGUGAGUGCUGGCUGCAAUCAUUGGACCAUCUCCGAACCGGUUGCCGGAUGUUAACCGAUUCCAUCCAGGUCGAUCUGGCGCUACACUUCACCGACUGCUUCAUGGAGAUGUCCGGCCAGGAGCGGAUGGAUUGUGCUUCGGAGCGUACCGAAUCACUCAAGAGGCUAUGUAUGAGCGAAAUGAGUGAUCGGGCCUUUGCGGUUUAUACGGAAUUUUUCACCCAAACCCAGAAUAUGUGCUACUUCCUGCAGGGACAGCACUGGCAGCGAGAAGCGGACCGCACCAUCGAUCGGUUAAGUGUCAGAUCCCGUGAGGUCAGCGAGCAGCUGGAGCUUGCCAGUGAGGUUCAACAAGUUGUGCUUGAACAUCAGAAGGAAGGUUUAAAACUUCAAGGAAAAAUACUGGAAAUUGGCAGCAGUUUAGCUGAGUCACUGAAUGGUUCACAUAAAAUGUUGAAUAAUCUCACGGAAGGUUUAAUGAAUUCGACCAAACAGCAUCAAGCUGUUCUGGCGGAGCUUUUCCAAGAGUUUAACCUUCUUCACAGCUGGCUUGUAGGCAGAUACGCGUUCGUGGAUCGAUUGGUGUUCUAUUUUAGCCUUUUGGUGGGUGCCAUGGUCAUCACCUCCACGAAACGAACGGCUAGCUCCCGUAUAUUCCUAAUUUUGAACAUCGUGGGAGGUGUUUUUCUUGAAAUUGCUUUCGCAAAUCUGAUGCCUUUAGAUGUCAUUCGUGGGGACCAAGUUAAUUGGACUAUCAGGAAAUUGUUUCUAGUAACAAGCGCGGUCAUUUUCACUUACUGCUUCUAUCGCUACCAGGACCUAAACACAAAACUUUUAAAGGAAAUCAAGGAACAAAAUCGUCAAAUUAUGGACAGUAUCAUGCGGAUGAAGUUAGAAUCCAGUACCUUUGCAGUGCCCGAAGAAAAGGACAGUUAUUCUACUAACAGUUUCAGUACAAAACAACACACCGAACAUAAGCUCAAGUGGACUCCUCGACAGCUUCCUAUUUUAAUAACGGAGCAGGAAAGUACCAAUUAUGAGAAGGAAAACAAUUCCAACGAACGCAGGUCGGUUAGUCGAUCCGACAGAACUAUCCGGGCGCCGUCGCAUACAUCCGAAUCCAGCGUUUCUCGUUACUCCAGGUACAACCUGCGACGAAAGACUAUCAAUUGUACCUAAUAAUAUUUUACGUGUUAAUUUAUUAUUUAUUUUUCGAUUAAGUAUUUAUGAAACAUUAUACAUAAUAUAGGUUAAGUUGGAUAAGUGUUUACUAGCUAAACUAAAGCUUAUACCUGAUGCGUAACAUUCCAAAGUAGUUUCAAACCAAAUGACGUUAAUUUUUUGGUUGCAACAAAGCGGCUAAUGUAUCUAUUGAAGAUUUUCUAAGCUACUCGUAGUAAUGGCAUAAAAUAUAUAAUUUCUUACAAAA